AUGGUAUCCCAUGGGAAUGUGGUAUGGUAUGUGGGAGAAAGAGGAGACCAUAUGACCUGUUUAAAUCAACAUCAAACUCUCGAUGACACAGCAUUAGAAGAUCCAGAUAAAACUAAGUCAUUUGAAUUGCCUCAACGUAGCAUCUCUAGUGACAAUUGCAAUAUGCGGUUUGAAUCGUCCGUCAUCUAUGACGAAUGAAGGAAACAAAUAUAGACGCAAGAGGCUAGAAUCAGUCUAUACACUGGCUAAUAAUGGGUACAAUAACAAACAGACAAUAUGCGCUCAAUAGUUGCCCACGAUUAAAUCGUGGAUUAAGAAAAAUUCGGGAACAGGUUUUGUCAGACCAGAGCCACAGAUGUCCGAUGGAGCUAUAGUUCAUAAUCUUAGACCUAGGAAAGCUGAAAAAGUGAUCGAAAAUUGAUGGCUUCUAUCUUGAGUUUAGCCAACUUUUUUACGUAUUAUAAGCAUUAUAGUUUAUGUUCUACUUUCUAGAUAUGAUUCUUUUCCGUUCUGAUGUUUAACAAAUUUUUAUUCUCUUUUUAAUUUAUCGUGUCUACUGAUGAAGAUGCAAAGCAUCGAAACGCUUAGACGAAUAUAAUUUGUGGGAAUAAAAUUACAAUUUAAAAGUAUCAAAGGCUACAAAAUCCUUCUGCAUGUAUUUUUCUGAAGCACUGACAAACGUCAGUCAGCUAAAAAGAUUGACGGUACUUUUUACCAUAAGAAUGUGAGUGUUUUCUCAUUCAUCCCGUAUCUAAGAAAUAUUUUCGGUAUAUGUCAUUCGCUCGAAUCACGAUACAUUCUAUUUUUUCUUACUUUACCAUUCUUUAACUGCGCACUAUUCAGGUGAGAAAUAAUGAUGCGACACAUUUUUCCUGACCUUCUCGCAUACAUAAGUACAGAUAAUACUUCGGUGACUACACUACGUUUGAUAAAAAAUCAAAUAUUCUAUUUUGUCUCUCGGAAAAAAGACCACAUAGUCGAGUAAUAAUGAGUGACUUAUCUAGUCAGAACCUUCAAAGAAAUUCAAUGGCGUUGCUGUCAUCAACAUUAUCCUCAACUUCGUCACUGUUGUCAGCUGAUAAUUCAUCUACCGGAUCAAGGGUUUUCGCACAAGUACCGUCGAAGAAAUGGGUUAUUGUUGAUCAUUCGAAUGUAUAUCGGGUAUUGAAAGUCGGUGGCAUGAAAUGGAAAAUAACGAAUUCGAAUUCAUCUCAGUGGUACGCAAAUAACGGGCCAAAUAGGGCUAAAAGCCUGCCUAUAAUAUAAUAAGAUAAUUAAUAUCUGGUGAGAUAACUUGAUACAAAGACUUUACUACAGAUAUAUUCAACUGAUAAAUAUAUUCAAUGAAUGAACUUUUGUCAAGAAAAAACGCUUUAGCAAUAAUUCGAUGAAGUAAGGUUUCUAUGACACAUAACUAGAUCAUAUCUCAAACAAUUCAAGUAGAAAUAUUUCAAGUUCGCACAGUUAAAAAGUACAGAGUAUCCUCUUCAACACGACUCAAGCUGGCUCUUUACAUUACUGUCGCUAAGGCGGGUUGGCUAUAUUGUUCGACAUUUACUGCAAACGUAUUGUGUUCGAACCUCGGCGCUGCCAGGUCAUAUGAUAAUCUUGGACAGGGCCACGUUGUGACGUACAAUACACCUCAGCUGGCUAGUUCAGGUAGCCUUCCGUAAAGCUAGUAUGUGGUUAGUGAAUGUGUAUGGGGAGUUAACUGAUUGGGCGGAAGAACUCAGUGCGUCAGGGUAGCCUUCUGACUGGAUCUGUGGUUAAUCAUUCGUAACGAGAUGGGAGACCAUGUCAGAAGCUUGUCAACUGCAGGGAAGAUAUCGGACUACUGAAACUGCCAUUUAGCAACACCCGAUAACGGGAACGGUAGGCGCAUGGUGGAGUAUACUUUCUUCUUCUUCCUUUAUAUUGCUUGGAUUCGACAUGACAUAGGGUUUCAUAGUAGUUGCUUGUAUCACAUGAUUUGUGUAGAAAAGAUCACCGUAGUAUCUUGUAAGUGUAAAAAAGGACGAAAUGGGAGAUCAGUGGAAAAAGGUAUGGUUAUAUCAUGAAGUUCUGCAGUAGUCUGAAAUGAUUCUGACGAGGGAAGUACCCGAACUGAUAAAUCGCUUUUUCAACGAAACCGAGUGGACUAUAGGUAGUCGACGAUGCUGAUUCCGAAUAUCACCAUGAAUGCUGCUGCUAGGCC